GGUGUUUUUCACAGAUGUAAAAAGGAUAAAGGACUUAAAAUUUUCAUGGAUCUUCUAUGAGGUUCUUUUGGAAGAGAACUUAGGAACAGCAUGUAAAAUCUCUUUCUUUAUCUCUCUAACUCUAUCUCAUGCCUAAAAUACCUCUGAAAAUACUUUUUUGUUGUUGUAAAUGUCUUAAGAGCAGCAUUUAACUACUGUUACAUGUGUGUGCCGAUAAUUACUGUAUGGGCCUGCCCCUACCUCAUGGUCUGCUUGAAUAUAAUUUUACUAAGGUUUAUCAAAUAUAUCACUCACAUCCUGCCUUCUCAGUUUCCACAUAUUCUCUACAAGGUUCGAAAAAGAUGCGGCAAAAGUUGCUGUCAAAAGCAUUGGCCAUGGAUUUUCCUGCAUUUUUUAUUUUCAGCGACAGUAUAGCUAAAUCUAAACCGUUCCCCAGGCCUCCGGACUCCAGAAAGGGCUUCACCAGGGAAAACCUUAUCAGAUGGGAUCAGUAUGGUCAUAUAUGGAAUGUGAUGUGUGUGAUAAAUAGAAAAGUUGACGAACUCAGUCAGUGAUCAAACUGUACUUCAGCCACCAUGGUGGUUUACUAUUCUUGCAAUAUGAUAGAACCGUCCGAAAAGCUGGACUUUUGAGAAGGUUGUAAGUUUCUUAUUAGGCUUUAGGAUGACAUAACACUGCUGUUUUUACUACUAUGCAUAUGUGAAACUAUAUGAAACGUGGAUUAACUGUAUUCUCAAACGAAAGGGUAGUAGUAUCAGUAGCAGUAGUAGUAGUUGCUGUUGAUGUUUUAGCGGUGUUUCUUCUUAUCUUGGGACGUGCUGCCCCCUUGCGGAUACAGCUCUUAAUUGCCAGAGCUGGUUUCUAUAGAAACAGUUGUUGCCAAGCGUAGCGACUGUGUCAGUAACAGGUGACCGUUGUUGUGCUUAAUAUGGCCCCUAACGUUGACCUGCCGUAGAGAAAUAUAUACACAAAGAUAAUUAGACCAACGUCUGUAGAGAAAUGAUGGCUGAGAAAGGCGGCUUGGCGAAACUGGACGUCGUUGCUUUAAGCCCUGAGCAGCAGGAGAAACUGCGACAGUUCAAGAUAAAGACGAGGAUCGACAACGAGAGGUAUUUGAGGUCGCAUCCAGAAGUGGACGUAUUGAUAGGCGACUUUCUAAGAGAUGUGCUUCUUAAGAGGCCUGCUGACAUCCGUGAGUUUGCUGCAGAUCACUUCACCAACCCAAACCUUCAUGCAACUAUUGGCUCCAAAAUGGAAGGAAACAGUGUCAUGGAGUGAAACACACCCAACAGUCAUGGCACUGCAAGCCUCUCCUUUGUGUCUUUGCACAGAAGAGCACAUAUAUGGACCCAAAUUUAGUAACAGCUAAGAGGCUAAUAAGUUUGUGUCUGUCCACAAAACUGGUCAGCUGAUAGCUUCAUUGUCAGAAUGCUAUCAUACAUAUGCAGGAAGCCAGUUAACUGGGAAGAUGGUGACGGCUAUUCCUAAUGAGUGUGAUUUAAGGUUAAUGAAGAGGAUGUCCUGUGGGUAUUACACACUGUUUGUCACAUCACCCACAUGAUUAUGUAGGGACAUACUGAAGAGUUGAUUGUGGCUCCUUGUGCCAAAGCUGAGUUCACAUACCGUAAUCUGCAUUCAUCUGUGUCCACUCAACUAUAUGGAUUAUUUAGAACACAGCUUGUGAAAGGCCAGAGAGCUUGACACCAGUCCAGUUAUAAUAUUUACAUCACUCACUUAUAUAAUGAUAAAACUAUAAACAUGGUCCGGUGUUCUCUUAAAAUCUUUCCUUCUAGGAGAUAUUUUUUCUGUUUUUAUAAACAUAUAAAUGUUUUGUUCCAUCGAAACAUUGGACACACAUUUGUAUGAAAGAUAAAAUAAUAAAUUGCAAAAACAAAGGAUUAAACAAAUGAAUAAAACAUACGUUUUUAGAGUCACACAUUAGAAGUAGUGAAAAUUUUAUUAAUGACACCCUUAAUUCUUUUUGAGAAAAUUUACAGACUUUGCAUUUCUAGAGAGAAGUGAUCUCCUUAGUGCCUUUGUCACAUUUAUCAUCUAUCAGACAUUACAAUAACUGCAUCUUACCUUGCGACGGCCUUAUCAUUCAAAUGUGGUCACUACCACUUGGUAUUCAAGAGCUGCUGUUUAGGGUUGCCAGCUUUCUCCGUAGAAACCGUCAAUAGAGCUUUUACUUUGUGGUGAUCUUCCCUUGUUUGUUUGUUUUGUUUUUGCUAAGUAACUCACUUUGGACAAUGUAACUCUGUAUUGGGUCCAGCCUUCCAGCCCUCAUUUGAAAUGAUGUUGUGAUCUGAGGAAUAAUCAUUACAUCCUGUUCUACAACCUCAAAAAUAAAUAAACCGCUGCUCCUCCAACCAAUACUCAUUCCUUUAUGAUUUAUUGUUAGCCUGUCUCUCUGCAUUGUGUAUCAUUGUGUCAAAUUUUCAAGUCUACAUUGGGUUUAUGAAAAACUAGAAUAAAGCCUGCAGUUAUGCAUAUAAUGAGAGUUCUUCAACAACAUUUAAAGGAUUAUCUCACCUUUGUCUAGCAAUGGUGAGAUAAUCUCAGGGUUGACUUGAGAAUUCAUCAAUUAAAAUGGAUAUCUCAAAUAAUGCCUAACUUCUGUCUGUCUCUUUCUCCCUCUCUCUCUCUCUCUCUCUCUCUCUCACACACACACACACACACACACACACAGUGUUGUUUUAAUACCAUGCACCUGCUUUGACUAAUUUCAAGGACAGGCAACCACCCAGCUCACAUUAGAUGUGAGAGAAAGGCAGAGGAAGAACACGCACAUCCUCAAUUUGUCUAUAUACUGUUUUUAAAUUGAAUAUUUUUUUUGAAUCUACCAAGGACCAGACGCAGAUUCUGUAAGUAAAACUAAUUUACAUAAACCAGUAAGUUCUUUGUAUUCUUUCUCAGUCUUCGUGAUGUGUUGAUACGUUUAUUAAUUAUGUUGAAACAAUAACAUUGUUAAAACAUGUACAGAUACAGUGGGGUCCAAAAGUCUGGGACCACUUUCCCUCCCAGAUUUUUCAACUCCACUGUAUGAUCCAUAUGUGUAUUUUGUAUGCUUUAAUGGUUAUUUUUUUAUGUCAAUUAUUCUUCAUGAGUGAUGGUUCCUUGUGAUGUCAUGUUAAUGAUUUAUAUAACCAGCAAAUAAAUAAUU